CUGCCACCAACCAGAGACAGCAACAGCGAACGCACCACCAUCCACGCACACACCAUCUCAUCGAUCAACGACAGAGUAGCAGCGACAGCAGCAGCAGCAGCAGCCAUGGCCGACAGCACCCGUGUUGCGGCUUCUGGUGGCAGUGGUGGUCACGACGACGAGGAAGAGCAAGGUGGCCGGGUAUCUGUGUUUGCACGGCUGUCUGGUGAUGUCAAGCCUCGCCGGCGUCAUGCCGACAACACCAUGGACGAUGGCGAUGAUGACGACGCGCUGCCCACAAAGCGGGCGCGGCGCACGCACCACAACCGCAUGCGCCAGGAGCGGCAGAAGCAAGGCGGCGCCUUUUCAGUUCCCUCACGCUCAAGUGCCCCACGUGCUGACUUGAGAGAUGUCCUGGGUCGUCGCAGCAAGGUCGCAUCGCACGCAUUUGAUGCUGAGAACAACGUCGUGGUCACCAGCGCCGCCAUCCCAUCCGAAUUUGUGGAGCCUGUGCCCGCCGUGGAGUACAAGCGCGCACGUGCGAUUCGGCGCCUGAACCGGGCGUUUGUCGACCUGUGUCAGGCGGAGCUGCACAUCACUCCCCCUCGCAUUGUCUUCUACCGCUGGCUCAUGGAGAUGGUCACCUGCCCAGGGCCCUUUGACGACCCCAUCCUGAGGGAUGUGCACAGUGCUGUUGAGAGCGAGGCGCUCCGUCGCGAACUCCGUGCUGAAAUUCCCUGCCGUAUCCGCGCAUACAGCCUCACCAACACCAACUUUGGCAUCACAACACUGCGCGAGUACAUUCGCAAGGCGCGCCUGUGGCUGGCAAUGCUUGCAAGCACGGAGGACGACGAGGACAACACCCAGCAGCAUGCGGAGGCGGGAGGAGUGGCGAGCACGGACACCACCGCGACUUCGGCUGCUGCCAUGGACGCUGGUGACGACGGUGAUGAAGUUGAUGGGAACACAGCCGGAACCGAAGACAAGAAGAGUGAGGCUCAAGACCAGCAGCAGCAGCAGCAGGAAGAAGCAGACAUGACCAAGGCCGCUGCCACCACCUCCACCACCGCUAGUGCAGUGCCGUCGCUGCCCGCGUCCACGGCUCGGGCGAUUGAAGCGUGCCUGCAGGCAGCGGAGGACGAGCUGUAUGCGACAGGAUAUGGUGGUGACCGGGCCAAGGUAAAUGCGCGCCUUGUUGCCCUGCGCGACGAGUGCACGCCUCUCUUCUCCACCGUCGUCAAUCAGCAGGUUGAGCUGGUGUGCGAGCGGUUUGUUGCGCUGGCGCGGGAUACGGUUGCAGACAUCAACGCAUAUGCGCAGCAGCACGCGGCAGCAGUGGCGGCGCGCACUGACGCUGGUGACAGCACUGGUGAGGGAACGACGACCACGAUGCAAGGUGACGAUGAUGAUGAUGAUGAUGAUGAUGACGGAGUCGAACAACAACAGCAGCAACAGCAGCAGCAACAGCAGCAACAACAGCAGCAACAACAAGAAGGACCUGAUACCGGUGUUGCAGCGAGUGCGCAGGAUGAUGAAGGUGUUGGUGGCAAUGAUGAUGAUGACGACGACGAUGAUGAUGAUGAUGGUGACGAUGAGAGGAUGGGCGGUGUCCGCGCAGCGCUCCGCAAGCGCGCGCAGUCAUCAUCAACAGCAUCAACAUCAACAUCAGCACCAGCCACGUCCACGUCCAAGCGGAUGCAAGGCGUCGACACGCCGCUGCCUCCUCGCCCUGGUCGCCGCAGCGGUGGCAAACAAGGAUGGCAGUUUCCAAGUGCGGACGACACGAGCGUCAGUGAUGACGAGCUGCUGACGGCCGCCGUGGAGAUUGUUGGUGUUGACACGGUGGGUGGUGAUGGUGAUGGUGGUAGUGCAACACCCGCAACGCCUGCAGCAACAACGACAACCACAGCGACAACAACAACAACAACAACAGCGACAACAGCAACUGCAAAGCAAUCGCCAUCACCAUCGUCACCAUCAUCGUCAUCAUCGUCAUCGUCGUCGUCGUCGUCGGUGACGGUGCGGUUUGCGGGCGAUGCGUUUGUGCUCACGCGGGACGCGUACGACCGAUUGCGCAACCUCUUCGUGUUGCAUCAGGACAGGCACGGGCUGCCGCUGUCUGCGUUGCCUGCAUGCAUGUACUGCGUGCUGCGCCGCUACAUGACGAUGAUGGGCGGCCAGCCGCAGACCCCUGGCGCGUCGUUUGAAGCGCCCGUGCCCGCCUCUGUGCUACACACACUGCACGAGUGGUUUGGCGUGUGUUUCCAGCUGUGCACGUCCCCCAUGAACACGUUCUUCCGCAACUACUGCUCUGCCUUCCCGGAUACGGACGCCGUGUUUGGCUCCGUCGGCAGCUUCUGCGACUUUCUUGCCGACGCUGGCGCCCUGCAGUGCCACCCGCCGUGCACGGAGGAAGCCAUUGAGCGCUCGGCGGUGCACGUUGAGCACAUGCUCACGGAGGCGACGGGUCCGCUCACCGUCGUGUUUGUCAGCCCCAACUGGGUCAACCCGCCCUGCUCUGGGCUUGAGCUGCUUGGUGGAAGCCCAUACAAGCGGGUGGAGUUUGCAGCGCCGCGCUCUGCACAUGCGUACAUGAGUGGGAUUCACUACCUGGCUGACACGACGGCCAAGCAUGCACGCAACGUCACGCCCAUGUUUGACACGCGCGUGUUUGUGCUGCAGAACGACGCUGCCGCUGCUGCCAAGCCCGCCACCGGCGAGCGCCUGCGCUUCCUCAAGCGCGCGUUUGGCGCCAACUAG